CUGUGAUGGAAUAUUUUUAUUUGAGUAAAUGAUCUGCACCACUGUUUAUCAGACGGCCGCAGUAAUGAGUUACUUCGCAGAUGAAGAUUUUCCAAGAUUCAAUAAACUAUGUUCUCCUUUACUUUAAAAUACACAACAGUACAUAGACACUCCCUGAACACACACUGUUAAAAGAAAUAUCGUUUACACAUAAAUGCACUGACAAUUUCACAGUUUGAGGGAGGUGUUUGUGUUCAAACAUGGUUGCAUUUUGCUGCAAAUACUUCCAAAAUAAGUACAAAUUGAGUUUAUCUCCUUUAAUUUCUAAUUUCUAACUUUUAAUCACUUGCAGAAGAUGAAUACUUCUUCCAGCAUGAAUUAAUGAUCAGUUUAAAUAAUUAAAUCAGCUGCAGUUUCAACAUGUUGCCACCAGAGCGCAGCAUUUUGAUUUCUGUCCUCACCAAAUCUAUGCAUCUAAACAGAAGAGCAAAAAUACAAAAUACAGCCACACUUUCCUAAAUACACUUUUCUUUUCCUGCAGAUGUGCAAGAAUGUGUUUGAAAACUAUAAGCUGCACCGAAAACAGAAAAUAACAUUCACAUAAAUCUAUAAUCAACAGAUACUGAGCUGCAGUUUCACUUAUUUGUACUUCUAAAGUUAAAGUGCUAAAUAGAAAUAAUAACUGUUAAUAAUUCUAUACAAUUCAUACAGGAAUACUAAACAUAAUACAAAGUGGUAAAAGUGCAAGCCAAUAUGAAGUGGCAAGUGAUAAAGUGCACAAAAAGGUGAAAUAUUAAAAGUCCAGUGUGUUCCAGGGGAAUAAAAGUCUUUUAUCUAAAGUCCUCCUCCUCCGGAGGUCAGUCAGCAUGUGUUUCAGGACCAUGUCGCUGUCGAUGACAGUCUGCUGUAAGACCAUGAUCCAGAUCUGCACACACACGAUGCUGAUGACGAGCUGAAACAGUGCUUUUUGUUUCGGAGGCAUCUUCUCUUCCAGGAGCCCACACAUGACCGAGUUGUACUUUACAGUGAAAGAGAGGCCGAGUCCUUUCAAGGUGGACCAGACCUCCUGAGCCCUGUAGCAGUCCAUCAGGAGGUGGUCCAGACGCCUAUGACAGUAUAACAGUCACAGGGGACAUUUUACUACAUUGAGUACUUUUACUUUUAAUACUUUAAGUACAUUUUCCUGAGUUUACUCAAAUACUUUAAGUAACAUUUCAACGCAGGACUCACUUGAGCAUUUUUACACUGUGGCUUUAGUACUUUUACUUGAGUAAAGGGUCUGAAUACUUCCUGUCCCGCUGGUCUGCAGCAUUAAAAUGCAGUGUGAACGCUCUCCACAGGAGGGGCGGGGCUUCCCGUCUGCAUGGGCGGGGCCAGAGGGUUACCUAGCAGGCAGCAGCAGAGUGAUUGACGGCUGAGCGGCUUAAAGCCUCAGGAGCGCAGCGGCUUUCAGAAACGGGCCAAAACCGACACCAACAUCCGGGUUAUACCGAGAAACCUCGGGAUUUAUACACGCUGUGUGGACUGUAACAGUUUAGAGCUACUUCACUUUUGUUUUUGGAACAAGAAGCGACAGUAGAGACUGACACUCCUUCAUCUCUGACCAGAGGACAGCAGGCAGCAGGCUCGCUCGUCCAUGUCGCCGCAGCAGCAGCAGCAGCAGCAGCAGCAGCACAGAGGCCAGCAGCUUCCCACCAAGCCCAGGGAAAGAGCCUGAUCCUGGGCUGAGAGAGCCAGCUAAUGCCCUUUGGUCCGUACAUCAGACAGCCACCAUCCCACACACUGAAGUGGAACAUGCUAUAGCCACCUGACUGCCAGUCAAAAUGAUGGCCUCGGUGGUUGUCGGGGGCAACCGGAGGAAGUCUCUCACGCUGAGAGGUGUGGACCCAGAGACCUGUAUGAUUGUGUUUAAAAACCACUGGGCACAGGUAGUAAAGAUCCUGGAGAAACACGAGCCGGGUCGUAGCGGCACUGGUGCGUUGAGUUUCCUCCACGGUCAUGCUAGUAGCGGCGGCUCCGGAGCAUUACGCCUUGGUCCCAUCCCGGCUGACGAGGCCAGCGCCGUCCAGAACUACGUGGAACACAUGCUCUUCCUGCUGAUGGAGGAAGAGGCGGGGGAAGGAGGAGCGAUGGGUACUAUCCUGGAGUUUGUGGUUCUGGAGGGUGUAAUGGAGCGGCUGUUUCUGUGGAGCCUGAGGAGACAGUUCACUGAGGACAUGAAGCUGGAGCAGCUCAGGAUGUACCAGAUGCUUCUAUCUCAGGCCAGACAGCCUCUACUGCACCAUAAACCGGUUCUGCGACCGCUCAUGAUGCUGCUGGCGUCCUGCGCUGGAGCUGGAACCGACAGUGGUAGUGUGGUGGAGGCGGAGCUGGUCCUCCUGUUGAACCAGCUGUGUGUGGCUCUGGUCAAAGAUCCUUCAGUGCUGGAACUGUUCUUCCACACCAGUGAAGACCAGGGAGCCGCCAACUUCCUGCUCUUCUCCCUGCUCAUACCGUACACACACAGACAGGGUUCGGUUGGUCAGCAGGCCAGAGAUGCUCUGCUGCUCAUCAUGUCUCUGUCGGCCUCCGAUCCUCGAGUCGCCCAGCACAUCGCAGAGAACACAUACUUCUGUCCUGUGCUGGCCACAGGUCUGUCUGGUUUGUACUCGUCUCUUCCAGCCAGGCUGCAGGUUUACAGUGAAGACUGGCACUGUCUGGACCAGGCUGACUGGCAGCAGGUUCCAGCUCUUGUCCACUUCCUGCACUCACUGGACUUCUGUAGUGCUGUUACCAAGGUCGCUCAUCCCUCCAUCCGGUCUCAGCUGCUGGGUUACAUCUACAACGGCUUCCUGGUGCCUGUACUGGCUCCUGCUCUGCACAAGCUGACGGUGGAGGAGGUGAUGACCACCACAGCGUACCUGGAUCUGUUCCUGCGCUCCAUCCCUGAGCCCGCCCUCCUGCAGACCUUCCUGUCCUUCAUCCUGCUGCACACACACGACAACGUGCACAUACUGGACACACUCGUCAGCAGGGUCAACACACCUUUCCAGUUGGGUACGGUGUCACUGGCUCUGUUCAAGACUCUGAUUGGUCUCUUCUGUGAAGACGUCAUGCUGCAGCUGGUGUUCAGGUAUCUUAUUCCCUGCAGCCACUUGAGCAGGAAGCAGCGCUGCUCCCUAAAGCAGAGGGACUGUUACUCCUCCAGCGCCGCCUCCUUCCUGCUCCUCUUGCCCUCCUGGUGCCCCGGGAACCUUCCCAACAUUAACACAAACUCCCACUCAGAGCACAUCCACUGGCCCAAAGCAGCAGACCUGUCAGUAUCAGACAGAGUUGGUUACUGUCGUGGUUCAGACUUUUUGAUGGAUGUAAACUAUCUCCACUACCUCUGGGACGCUCGCCAGGCCAUCUGCACUUCCUACAGGGCAUGUCGGCUCUGGUCGGCUCCGUAUGACGGGAUCAACCCUUUGCCUCAAGAAUACCGAUCUGACACACCAGGGGACGACAUAGAAGAAGAGGAAGAGAUCGUACCGCGGGUCAAGAGUGACUCCAUCUGCUCUUUGGUCAUCACUCCUCCGCCGGUGACCCUGUCCCCCACUCUGUCCUCCUCAGAUACCGUCUCCACGGGCAAUCAGGCAGGAAGAGCCAGCUCCGCCCUGGAGCUGGAGUGGGAUGACAUUUUUGCAGAUGACGAUCCCUCUUUAUCAGCAGUGAUAAACACGGCGCUAGCAAAUGGCAGCGUGACCAUGGAGGUCGACAGAUGCACUUCUACACCUGCACCUCCCCCUCUACCUCCUCGACACAUCCAGGAAAUGCGACGCACUGUGACCAAGCUGGUGCACGGCUCGUAUGUGGAGGAAUCCGAGUUUCAGGACGACGUUCUGGUCUACGAUCUCGUCGCCCAGAAAGACACGAAGGCAGCCAUUUUGGAGAGAAUCAUGGCGGCAAAUCGACGGGCACGCGGAAGCAUCUCAAAUGGCCAACGCGUGUCAACAGCAGCGACGACGACGACUAUAACAACGAUGUUAACGACAACAGGGAGGACGGUGAUGGAAACUGUUCACAAUAUAAUGUCGACAAGGAGGAGGAGCGAGGAUGGAGUGAAAGACGAAAGAAGAAGGAGUGAGGAUUAUGGGAAGGAGGUGAGGAGGAGGAGGAGUGAGGACUGUGGAAAGGUGAUGGGGAGAAGGAAGGAGGAAGGAGAAGAUGAGAUAAAGAGGAUAGAUGUACAAGGAGCGCCAAAGGGACGUCAGUUUUUCACCAACGGUUUUAAUGCUAAGAAUCACAUAAUCGACGAAUGUGAUGAUACUGAUGAAGACGGCAAGCCAUUUAAGCAAAACUGCAACCUGAGUGACUUCAUAACUAUCAAUCACACGCACACACAGCGCCAGCAGCACACACAACAUCCCACGCCAUGUUUAGUGACCAAGGCUUUACCCAACGGCCAUUCUGAAUUUGAGCCACAUGAUCCUUCGGUGUCUGAUGCCAAGUCUCCAAGUCUGCCUGGUAACAAAGUCACUAAAAGCGAUGACUUCCUGUCCCGUUACCACGAGCUCAUGCUCUCUUUGGGUGUGGAGCCAGACUGUGACGACAUCACAGACGACAUCAGCACAUUCAGGAAGCGCGUCCGAGCUCUGAGGCAAAAACUGGGAGAGGAGGAGGGAGGAGGAGGAGGUGAAGAAUUUGUUUUCAGCUCCUUGUGGGAUGACGGAGAGGAGGAGGAGGAAGAAGAGGAGGAGGCGAUGGAGGAGGAAGGAGAGGAGAGGAGGAACAGCAGUAAGAAAGGCAGCAGCAGUCAUGGAGUUCCAUUUACAGGUCCGUUCAUCAGUGUCCUGCUGUCCCGGCUCGAGAACCUUCUGGAAAACUCCAUCGCUGUGAACCUGCUGGUGACAGGCAUCCUGGCCCAGCUGGUCUCAUACCCGCAACCUCUUCUGAGAUCCUUCCUGCUCAGCACAGACACACACAACCAGCCCAACGUACGCACACUGUACCAGGUGUUGGUGGCGGUACAUGCUCAGAUAGAGCGCUACAUGGUGGCCAGACCAGACUAUCCUGCCCUGGUCACUCAGGCCUGGAGGUUCUUGUUGGCUAAAGACCAGGACAGCAAGUUUCGAGAGUGCCUGCAGUCUCAGGGCGGCGACAUCAUCCUGGACCCAUCUCUUCCUAACGGCUCUGUGAGGAAUGCUCUGGCUUUGCCUCCUCUUAGCGUCUUGCCGCCCUGCCCUCCCAUUCCCCCCCAAGCCAAGAACCGAGUGUUCGCCAUCAUCCUGUUCGCCGAGUUCCUGAAAGAGCUGGCCGCCAUCGCCCAGGAGCACAGCAUCGCACUGGACUGUUCUGCCGAGGAGUAAUGGGAGCAACCAACCUUGUGAGCAAGGCACUGCUGAAAACGUAUCCAAGGAGCGGCUUAGUGGCCACCAGCAGAAGACUGAAGGCUUCUAAAAGCUCUAAAAGUACAAGCACAGAACAUGCACAUACGUGACACAUGGAGCAGUAAUGCAACAUAUGUGAGUGAUUAAUGUGUAUAUUGUAAUAAAACAUUGUUUUUAUUCAUAGAUUUGUAUGUACACUAUGUUUAUAUUCCUGGCAGCACUUGAAUAUUUCGAUGUUUUCCCCAUGUGAAUGUGGAUAUUUAUAUGUAGAUGAAAAUUGAAGGAGAUUAUUUUCGAAGAUAAAUCAAUGUUUUCUAUAUAUUUGUGGGAUUGGUGCAAAAAGUUUUAUAUGCUCUUUUCUGAAAUCUUUGCACUAUUAGUUAAUAUCGAAAAAAUGCGGAAAAAACUUAUUUCAGACCUUAUUUCUUUGGCGGCCAUUUUAAAUCAACCUCCCGCUCAGGAUGGGAAACUUGAUGCAUAAACUAGUACAAAAAUAAAACAAACUUUGCUUAAACACAUUAAAGUGACUUUAUAUCAGAUAUACUUAACAGAUAUUACAUCUAUCAACACAAACAACAACCACAACUUCAUUUUAGGAAAGCUAGUCAGCUAUUCUACUAGCUAGCUGCUUGGGCUAAAGGUUUGUAAAAGUGAGUUAAUAUUUCAAACAAAGCAGAUGUCUCUGUCAGACUGUAGAUCGGUAACCUGCUCAACCGAAUCCCUUUUUAAAUUAAUUUUAAUGUUUUAACAAACCAUUCCCUUCUUGUUUCUCCAACAUUUUGCAACUGGAGAGUUUGGUUCAACAAUUGAAAUAAUGAAACUGUAAACACAUUUACAUAAAUUGUUAAGGUAUUUCUUUAAAUAAUACACUACAGGCUGUAGUUAAUUUAAUGUCUGGAUUUUAAACAAACCAAACUGUAUGUGUGUUUUUCUAUGCAUCUUAAAUGUGUCCCUCCUGUUGUGUUAUUGUGCGUCUCUAGAGAGCAGAGGCUGCACCUGUAUUUCAGUUUAUCAAAGCAACAUGGUUGUUUUAAUCUAUGUGUCUUCUUUUUUCUACAGCUGAUAUUGUCAUUGUUGUGGAUUUGAAAUUUUAAUGCUGAAACUGAAAAGGAUGAGUGACAAACUGAAUCUGAAUCAAAAGGGGAAGCGCCUCUGUGAUCAGGCCUGUCUUCCUGUUUAUAAUGUUUUCCUGAUGUGUCUUUAAAUGCACACAAAGAGUAAUGACAAAGCCUUACUUUAACCUGCACAGAGAUUUUUUUAGUGCAAGAAACCAAGAUGCAAAAAUGAAAUGAUGUAUUUAUGUGUUAUGCAUAUAUCAGAUCUGGAUUUAUCUUAUUUGCACUUCUAUCAAUGUGUAUUUCAUUGUUUGUAAUGCAAAGUGUGUGAUUUUUGUUGACAAACUUCAUUCAAUUAUUUGCUGUCAUGCUCCUAUGGUGUUCACCUGUGCUGCAUUCAGGUAAAGUGGGAAAGAAGGUAGAUUUGAGUUCAGCUGAACUUUCAGGUGGCAACAGAAAAUACUUUUCUUUUCACCGCGUCUUCAAACGAAACUGAACUCAAAAAGGCGUCCAAGUAACAGCAAAUGCUUUUGCCCAUUUGAUGUGAAUGCAGCGUACACACUAACAGCCUCUCUUCAUAAUGCAAACUGUGUUACCAUGGAGACAUUAUGGGAUGGACCAACCUGACCGAACGCUACAGCAGUACAGCUCUCGGUUCAGCCUGCUGUGUUCGGCUGCUGAGUGCUAAUAGCAACAAUAGCUAAUAGCUGCUUCCUUGCUGGCGAACCACAGCUGGGACACGUUUCUUCUUUUUACUGUCUCUCGUUUCUCCUUUUGGAAUAAAUUAUUGCCAAAAUGAUGUGAAAAUAAUUAAACUGAUUUUCAGAAGGUCAUGAAA